GCCGGCGGCUCGCUAUGGCGGAGGUACCGCGGUAGUGACACAAAGCGGCUCCGAAGCAAAGCAGACACCCGGCGUCCGCCCCGCUCCUUAGAAAGCACAACUUCGGCUCGCUGGCACCCAUUCUCCUUUCUAACAGCGAUCGCUACGACCGGAGCGCCUGCGUGCUGUUUGCAUGCCGACCCUCAGCGCUCAGGUUUCUGCCUCUUCCCAGCUGCAGCAGGAGGAAGCGGAAUGGGAGACCCUCAACACGCUGCUGCUGCGCCAUGGAAUGGAGCCCCUGAGCAUCGCGGCGUCCCCGGGCAGCGGCAGCGCUCCAGAUGUGAUCGCUUUGGACAGUGUGGGAAUAAGACUUGCAUUAAAAACGUUAUUGGAAGACACCGACCGACAACAGAAGAUGAUGUACGGGCUUAUGGAGACUAAUCAUAAUCUUAGAGAUGAGGUACGACAGGAACGAGGUCGGGCAUCUCGGCAAGAGAAAAGGGCUAACGAACUGGAAAAUGUGGUGGAAAACAUCAAGUCAAAAAUCCGUCAGCUGGAAGAUGAGACAAUAGCUAAAGUUUGCCGGCAACAGAAUCAGGUCCAAGAUCUUCAAAAGGAUCAGCUGGUUUCACAGGCAAAAUACCAACAGCAGCAGGAAAAGCUGCAAGAACAAGAGGAGAUUAUUGCCCGUUUGCAGAGGGAGCUGUGCAAAGCUGGGGUGGAGGAGCAGCAGCGUGUUGCCACUCAAACCAAAAUGUUCUGCCAGUUUUGCAAGAGAGCUCCCAAGUCCCUUCUAGAUCAGCAGUUUCUUUGCCUAAUUGAUUAUUAUGAAUCUCAAAUUAAUCAAAUGAAGAAGGAGCUAAGGCAAUAUAAAAAAGCCGAAGGUGAUAUACAAAGAGAAGUAAAAAGCAAAGAAAAAUUCUUAAAUCUAGAUGCUACUCCGAAUUACAGAGCGCUGCUCACGUCUUUUCAGAAUCAGCUUGUUGAAACCAAAGCCAGGAAUGAGCAGCUUUUGCUUGAAAAUACAAAUCUCAAGAAAGAUUUAGAAUCAAGACCAACUGCACAGGAAUUAAAACUUUACAAGCACCGAGUGAAGAAACUAGAGAAAACUUUAAAGAAAACUAUCCAGUCUUCAGGGAGCACUACCAGAGAAGGAACAGAAGAAAAGAAAGAACCUAAAAUUACUGCAGAAGAUCAGCUGCAUGCAGUUUGCCAGCAGUACUUACAGGUGUUGUCCAAUAUUGACUCUAUUAUACGAAGUCCAAGAGCUCCUCCAUUAAUAUACAGGCGCAGUAAAGGGCCAGUGCAAAAUUACAUUAAAGAGAAUGGACAGGACUGUGGAUUUGAGCACCUCCCACUCACUAUAGAAAUGUGGGCAGAUCAACUAGUGGCCCUAAAGGAUUUGCACAGGUCAUUGAGAAAACUGUCUCUGGAAUUGGUGCCCUGGCACAUUACGGAUCCACAAGAUAACACAGAAUCCAUACGAGUUCAAGACCUUCAGUUCAUGGUAGAUACAGUUUUAGAAGAAAUAGAAAACAAGGAAAAGAACAGCCAGAGACCGUCCUUACCAACACUGUUUGCAAUAGUCUCUCACUUCCAGAAGUUGUUUGAUGUGAAUUCUCUGAAUGGCAUUUACCCACGAAUGAAUGAGGUGUACACAAAACUCGGAGAACUCACCAAUGCUAUGAGAAAUCUCCAAGAGCUCCUGGAACUAGAUAGUUCAGUUCCACCCACGGUGGUGGUGGAUACUGUUGGGAAACUGUGUGACAUAAUUAAUGAGAAUGUGACUGAACAACUACAGCGGCUUCUGGGGACCCAAGACAUCCACAGUAUCAUCAAUAAGCUAGAAGAACACGAAUGCUUCUUUCCACCGUUUCAAGCUCUCAUUCAAGAUUUGCUCUCUCUUCUAGCUCCUUUUUUUCCUGUGAAAUGAAUGGCCUGCUGUUUUUCACUGCAACAUCGAGGGUCCUUUUCUUGACUUCUUCCAAAGAUUCAAAAAAUUCAAACCUGCAAGUAAAGUUUUGAAAGGAGUGACUUACGUCAAAAACUGUGUCAGUGGCCGAAAUACAGCAGCGUUAACAGAGAAGGAGCACAGCUUCAUGCAAUGACCUUCGCAAUCAAUGACUCACACCCAAAGUUUGGAAAGGUUUGACUGUGCAUUAUAAACCUUGAGAACGUUGGUGCCCGACCACAGCUUUAGCAGAGUUUGAGGGCUGACUACAAAACACACGUGAACACAGCCAACUCCCCAUGGAACAAAACAGGCAAUUAUUUAGGUUUUAUUAACAUUGUGAGAAAUUUCUUCCAAGCCAGCUUCUUCCAUAACAGCCUGCUGGUCAGACCAUGCCAGGGGGAUGAAGGAAAGCAUGCAUCCAUGAUGAAAUCUGUUUAACAACCAUUUUUGCCCUUCGUGGAAGAUCAGCAUGUUUUCCAUGCAACCUUUGUUACUCAGAGGAAAUAGCCAAGCCAAGCCCCCAAGUUUACAAAGUAGGCUUAUACCACAUUAAGAGAAGACAAAGAAAUAAACCUGUAGCAAUUAAA